CAUUCUUUUCUGUGCAUCAGUGCAGCAAACAACCCCACCCUAGGCUUUAGGCAUUCAUAUAUGAUACACGAUAUAGCUGCAUGCAGUAGAUAGUUGACGCGGCCUGUCGCACCUGGAACAUUUGCAUGCGGAGCCGAAGUCCCUAAAGUCAGCGCACCGCCAAACCCGAAUACACAUGCAGACUGGACUCAUCGCUGAACCUCUUCCAUGCGGAGAAGGUAGCAGCGCGGCACGCGUGUGGGCCAUCGAUGCUCUCGCGGAGCACAUCACAGCGCGCGCCUGCCCCAACGUCGCGUAUUGCCUUCGCCUGCUGGACCGCCGGUGCGCGACGCUGCUGCGUCGGUAUGACGUCCUUCACCUGUCGCGCCCCGUCCCGCCCUCCAUCUUCAAGGCGCACUGGGCCCGGCCCGGCGCCAUGUCGCACCUGACGUUCUCGCAGCGUCGCGAGUUUGCGACCCUGGUCGCGGGGUCGGGCGUUCUGGAGAACGUCAAGCUCGCUGCCAUGUUGGCAGGCUGCGUGCUGGGAUGCGAGCCGGUCGCGGCCGCAGCGGCCGGCGGGCAUCUGGAUGUCAUCCAGUAUCUCACGGGCCCCGAGUGUGGGUGCCCGCUGCUGCCCAGCUCGUUCGGCAAUGACGUUGUGGCCGAUCCCGCAAGAGCGCCGCUGGCGGCGGCCGCCGCCGCCGGCGAUCACCGCACCUGCGAGUGGCUCAUCCUCAACGGUGCCGCCAGCCUCGACGGCGCGCCGCCGCCUGGUUUGCCACUACUACUUGGCGACGCCGCCGCCUACGGCGGGUACGGCACAGCCGGCGGAAGCAGCAGCAGCGCCGGCAGCGGCGGUCCCGGCGCCGGCGGCGGCGGUCCCGGCGCCGUCGAGGCGGCAGCUCCGCUGGCGGCACCUGCAUCGGUGACGGCGGCGGCGGGAGCGGCGGCGGAAGGCCUGCCGCCGCCGCCGCUGCUCAACACGAUUCUGUUGGGCGCGGCGGAGGCGGCGGCGCGGGCUGGACAUGUGGGUCGGGACAACAGCUGUGCCUCCGGCGUCGACCUGACCACGUGGCUGAUGUCGCUCCGCCACGGCCCACCGCUGCCGCCGCCGCCGCCGCCGCCGCCGCGGCCGUGGCCCACUCCCACUCCCGCACCUCCGCCUCAGCCCACUUCAGCAUCCGACGCGCCUGCGAGGCCAGCGACCACAACCGCAACCGCAACACCGGCAGCAGCACAGCAGACGCAGGGCCGGCCGCCGCCGCUGGCCAUUGCUCAGCCGCCCGACGCCGCCACCGCUGCCGCCGGCUGCACAAACCCAACCGCCACAAACCAGCGCCUGGCUUUUGAACGGCUGGGCCUGCAACAGCUCCUGCUGCUGCCGCGGUCGCUUGUCGCCCUUGCAGCGUGGAGGAGCCCGCCCGAGGUUGACGCAGCGCCCGACGUCGGGGCCGACGGCGCCCGGCUGCUGACGUGGACGGCCGCCGCGCCCUCCGUCAGCCUGGCGGCGCUGCAGCGGCUGCAUGAGGAGCGCAUGGCGGCGUGGCGGCAGGCGGCGGCGGCGAGGCAGCGCGCCGCCGCCGCCGCCGCCGCUGCCACCGUCUCCGCCGCCGCCGCCGCCACCGCGGUCACGUCGGUGGCGGCGGCGGAUGCGGAUGCAGUGGAUGCGGAAGCAGUGGGUGCGGAUGCGGCGGCGGAUGCGCAGGCGGAGGCGGUUGCGAAGGCAGUGGAUGCGGAUGAGGCGGCAGUGGUGGCACGGGCGUUGUGGCCGCGGGCCUUGGGGGUGGCGGUCGCAGACAGGCAGGGACGCGGCGCGGUGCCGGACGCGGCGGCGGCGCUGGAGGCGGCGGUGUGUGGUGCGCCGAGUCCGCACUGGCGAGCCAAGGCGGAGUGGCUUGAGGAGCUAGCUGUGGCGGAGGCGGCGGCGGAGGCGGCGGGGAAGGAUGGGGAGGAGAAGGAUGGGGAGGAGAAGGAUGGAGAGGGGGAGGAGGAGGAGGCCGCGGUCUUGUUUUCGGAGGCCAACGCCGGUCUCGCGGCUUUGGUUCGCAAGCUGCAGGUUGAGGUGCAGCAGCAGCGGCGGCAGCAGCAGCAACAGCAACAGCAGCAGCAACAGCAGCAGCAGCAACAGCAGCAGCAACAGCAGCUGGGGGCGAGGCGGCGGGAGGCGGCGUUGGCACGUGUGCGGGGCCGGGUGAAGCUGGCGGCGGCGGCGGCGCUGCCGGACGCGAUGGCGGCGGAGCGGCUGGCGUGGUGGCUCGACCGGGGUGGCGAGCUGGUGAGUGGUUGCGGUUUUGGGGGGUUUGUAGAUGCCAGCCAAAACUAAACCGAACCCAAUGUAAAAGAGCAGGGGGGAUUGUAAGGGGGAGGGCGGGGUGUGGGCGGGAAGGGGCGCGACAGGGCAAGGGGCGCGCACUUGUGGGCACACAUACAGUGUUUGGCACGCAUCAUCAGCAUUUGGAAAUAGAAAUAGAAAUAGAGACACCCUGCCGUAGGCAAGUGGUGUGAAUUAAGGGAGUGGGGGGAGAUGAGGAGGUGGGCCAGGCCCGCCUCCUGUACGCCCCCACUACCGAGCAUGUGAAGGCGGGCGUGCAGGCCAGGCCUGCAUCCCGCCAGGAUGUUACGUCCCGCCCGGGUCGCCAGGUGGCAGUCCCCGUUCGAGACGCCGUCUGGUCAAGACAAUGUGGUUGAGGGUGGCGACUGCGUGGUCGUGUAGGGUGUCGCAGCACUGCCUGGCUUUGUGGGAAGUGACGCCCAGGGAGGUGAGGAGGGGAUGGAGGUCCUUGCGGAUUGUGCCUGCAAAUCCGAGGCUGAUUGCGCUCUGCGGGGUGUAUUGCACUUUCCAUCCCGCUUCCCGCAGGUCGGCUGCAAGUGCCUGGUGCUGUUGUGCUUUUUCGUGUUGCUUGGCGGCGUGGUUCGUGUCGGCGGUGUAUCCUGCUUCGAUGAUGUGGAUGGUGUCGCGUUCGCUGGGAAACACGACAAAGUCUGGGUUUAGGGCUGCGGCGAGGGAGAUGGAAGGGAUUAGUAGGAUGUCGGGGCGGUAAUGUAGGUGGCGUCCUGCUGGUUUGCCCUCCUGGUCGGGGAGCAGCCACGGCGGCAGGCGGUUGUCAGCCGCGUAGUCUGGCAGAUCGGCUUUAGACGUGGCGUCCAUUACCAUGUAGCAGCCGCCGCAGUCACCACGGGAGAUGGCUCGUGCGAUGGUCUGGACUGCAAUGUUGUGUCGUUU